GUAGAGUAGAGUAGGCAGAUGGAUGGAUAGGGAUAGGUGGGCGUCCAUCUUGAAGUUUUGCUGGGUUUGAGCCGGUUUCGUUGAAAAAAAAGUGAAUUAUUUAAUUUAGUUUUAACUUUAAUUAUUAGUAUCAAAAAAGUUCUAUGGAUUCUGAAACUGUUAUAUAGUGUAGAGUAGGAAUAAUCACAGUAAUGUUUUAGUAACGCUACUCAAGACGUACGCGAUUUCCGGAAAGACUAUCGCAGAUAAAACCUUUGGUUUACAAAGGCACAGUACGAUGGCAGUACCUAGUAGAGCGAGGGUCUACGCUGAUGUGAACUCACAACGUCCAAGGGAAUAUUGGGAUUACGAAAGUUAUGUAGUUGACUGGGGCAACCAAGAAGACUAUCAGUUGGUUCGCAAGCUGGGUCGCGGGAAAUACAGUGAAGUAUUUGAAGCAAUAAAUAUUACGAAUAAUGAAAAAUGUGUAGUUAAAAUAUUAAAGCCUGUAAAAAAGAAGAAAAUUAAAAGAGAAAUAAAAAUUUUAGAAAACUUAAGAGGAGGCACUAAUAUAAUAUCUUUACAAGCUGUAGUCAAAGACCCUGUCUCGCGUACACCUGCACUUAUAUUUGAACAUGUGAACAAUACUGACUUUAAACAGCUAUAUUCGACAUUGUCAGAUUAUGAUAUAAGAUACUACUUAUAUGAGCUUUUAAAGGCAUUAGAUUAUUGCCAUAGUAUGGGGAUAAUGCAUAGGGAUGUGAAACCUCAUAAUGUGAUGAUUGACCAUGAACAUAGAAUGUUACGCCUUAUUGACUGGGGGUUAGCUGAGUUCUACCAUCCGGGGCAAGAUUAUAAUGUUCGUGUUGCUUCUAGAUACUUUAAGGGCCCUGAACUCUUGGUAGAUUAUCAAAUGUAUGAUUAUUCAUUGGAUAUGUGGUCACUAGGAUGUAUGUUGGCAUCCAUGAUUUUCCGUAAAGAGCCAUUCUUUCAUGGCCAUGAUAAUUAUGACCAGCUUGUACGUAUUGCGAAAGUACUGGGUACAGAAGAAUUGUUUGAGUACUUGGAUAAAUAUCAUAUAGAACUGGAUCCUCGGUUUAAUGACAUACUUGGCAGACACUCACGUAAGAGAUGGGAGCGAUUUAUACAUUCAGAAAAUCAACAUCUUGUAUCACCAGAGGCACUGGACUUUCUUGACCGUUUACUGCGUUAUGAUCAUUAUGAACGCUACACUGCUCGUGAAGCAAUGGACCAUCCAUAUUUUUAUCCAAUCGUAAAGGAGCAGGGUCGAAUGGCAACUUCCAACUCACCUACUCCUAAUGCACUGCAAGGACCAGUAAAUUCUGCAGAGUAAUCACAAGAGUCAUUAACACUCUUAUUAAUACUAUGUAUUUAUAUAUACUUGUACAAGAUUCCAGAAGAGACAUUGUAAAAAAAACAUCAACAAGAGACCGCUGCUUUUGUAAAUACACAGAGAAAAAGAGAGAUAUGCCUACUCUGUACAACUGACUAUACAGAUUGAUGUGAUUCCAAUUAAAUAAGUUUUGGAAAGACAAUAUAACUUAGUGUUUAAAUAAUUAGUAAAAACUGGUUUAUUUGUUGUUAAAGUGUUUUAUCUCUCCUAUAAACUGCUGCUGAAACAGUUCUGUGGAAGUGUUCAUGUAUUUGAGUUGUCGAGUAUCUUGUGGUGGGUGGGAUUCAAUAUGUCCAAAUUAAAAAACACGAUUUUUUGUACGUGAAAUUCGAUAUUAAUUUUAUUGAAACAAAAUAAUAUAAAUAUUAAGAACAUCGAGUUUCAUUGCACUUGAUCUUUUGCAUUUAUUAACCUAUGGUAUUUGAAAAAUGUAAUUACUUGUAUAAUAUACUACUGAGAGCAUUACAUAUGAUUUGAAAUGCUACUUUUAGCAGUUUUUUCGUUGGUACUUGUUUAAAAUUUUGUAUUUAUGUAAUAGUAGUAAAAAUGUAGAUAUGUGUGAUAUAAAUACAAAAUUUUAAUAUUAACUCAAUAGUUUUUCUUUUUAUAUUUUUUUUUAUAAAAAGAGACCAGUACUACCUACAUUUGACAGUGUCAGAAUAUUGUUUCUAUUAGUA